AUGAACAACCAGUUGUGGCAGCUAUUGUCCCUUUUUCUCCACCGCUCUAAGUUGAGCAAAUACGGCCAGUCUCACCGCCUUGCGCAGGGUGAGCAGAAAUCACGACCCUGGGCAUUGGUUACUGGCGCAAGCGACGGCUUGGGUGUGGCCUGGGCCCAGGAAUUGGCCGUCGAGGGUAUCAAUGUCAUUCUUCAUGGACGUAAUCAAAGCAAGCUCGAUGGAAUCAAGAAAGAGCUCGAAACUGGCUUUGGGAUUUGCGUUCGGACCCUGGUGUUCGAUGCUGAGCUAAUGCCGACUUCUCUUGAGGCAGGCGCUUACGAGGAGUUCGACAAAAUGAUCAACGGCGUUGUCGAAGAUAUUCCACUGACGAUAUUAAUCAACAACAUCGGAUACCUGGGCAGGUGGAUAUCUUACGCCGACCGUGAUCCUCUCUGGCUCGAUCGACAGCUCAACAUGAAUAUACGGUUCAUGAAUCAGCUCACCCGUGUUCUGAUCCCUCACCUGCAUAAGAACGAGCCAUCUCUCCUCAUCACCGUCUCCAGCGGUGCCGAUAAUGUGCCCAUGCCAUGGUCUGCAACUUACUCUGGACAAAAAGGCUAUACGUCCUCUUUCACUCGCACGCUGAAGUACGAGUUGAUGUUGGACAAGAUGGAUAUUGAAGUAAUUUGUAUGAGUUUUGGCAUGAUAUGUACUCCCAGCACUGGCAGAACGGAUGCCGAUGCUACAUGGGCCGAGCCCACAGCGAGAACAUGUGCCCGAGCUGCGCUCAAUGCUAUUGGGUGUGGCUAUGCAUACGUAUUCCCAUAUUGGGGCCAUGCGCUACAAGGUGCCAUUGCACUCUUGAUCCCAGUGAACAUGAGAGACAAGCUCAUGGCAAAUAUGCUGGCUCAACAACGAAACAAGAUGGAUGCGGUAUGGGCAGCCAAGGAUGCCAAAGACAUUUGA